UCAUCAGCAUGGCAGAACCAGUUCAACUCUAUAUAUAUGAUCUUUCUCAGGGCUUAGCCAAGUCCAUGUCCCUUGCAUUAACAGGGAAACAAAUCGACGGUAUUUGGCAUACUUCAGUUGUUGUCUACGAUCAAGAGUUUUACUAUGGCCAGGGUAUCAUGGCUGUUCCUCCCGGAAGCACACAACAUGGUGCUCCUCUCCAAAAGAUUGAUAUUGGCGAAACAUACCUUCCUCUUGAAGUUGUCCUUGAAUAUAUAGAUAGUCUUCGAUCGGUUUAUACAGCCGAAAAAUAUCACCUUUUAGACUUUAAUUGUAAUACCUUUUCAAAUGAUUUAUGUCAAUUUUUAUGCGGAAAGACAAUACCUGCUCAUAUCACUACUUUACCAUCCGAAGUUAUCAAUACGCCCUUUGGACAAUCCAUUUUGCCAAUGAUUGAAAAUAUGUUUGGUCAGUCUCGAUUAAGACCCACUACUACUGCUGCUGUUCCUCCAGUACAAGCACCGCCAGCCGAAACGGUCAAUCGUAUUCUACAGGGUGAAAGACCCACGACAGAGACAAUCAGCAGUUUAUUGCAAGGUAUCUCCUCCGCAGCAAUGUCUGCUGCCCCAACAGAAAAGAACCCUAUUCAAGAAGUCAAGAGCGCACAGAUGAUGGAACAGUUGAUCACCAGCUACAAAGCAGUGGCCGUCAUGUUCACCUCACCGACAUGUGGACCGUGUCAAAUGAUCAAGCCCAAGUUUAAAGAGCUCAUACAAGAGAAAAACAGUAACCCACAGCAACAGAUCAGAGUCUUAGGCGUACUUUUGGACAUGUCAGUUGCCAUGGAUGCGGCAAAGUACAACAUCAGGGGAGUACCGACGUUUCAUUUUUACUUGGAUGGGAAGAAGGUCGCAGAAUUUUCAGGCGCUGAUUACGCAGAAUUGAAGAGUCAAGUGGACAUUUUAUUAUUCGAAGCUUAUCCUCCUCAUCCACACCGAAAGCUGCUUUUGAAAGCAAUCAUCAAUCAGCCCAACGUACCUAUUCUUUACACCAAUGUUGGAAAACUAGAUGUUAUUUAUGGAAAGUUGAAUGAGUUUAUAAAGGCGAAUAAUGUGACUUUAUCGGAUACUGAGAAAAAGGCGCUGGAUGAAACCAAGCAGGUGCUCAGCAAGGAAAAAAAGACACUUAAUGUCAACGAGUGGAGUGAGCUGUCUAGGACAUUAUUGGAUAAGUUAAACAAUGAUCAGUUAUUCCCAUUUUUGGAUAUCUUCAAGUCAUUACUGCUUAUUCAGGACGUUUCCAACUAUUACACUACAAACCCUGAUCAAUUGGGCAGAGUGAUGGACAUUGCCACUCAAAACUGUGAAACGCUUACGAGAGCAACAUGGAUCAUGAUCUUACGCGUCGCUUGUAACCUAUUUGCUGAUUCGACCUUGUCCACAACUCACUUUACUUCCCACUUGGAAGGAGCAACCUAUCGAUCACAGCUCACACAAAUGUUAAUCACUAGCUUGUUAUCGGAUGACAGUCAGAUCAGACAAGCAGCCGCGUCACUUGCAUACAAUUGCUCCAAUAACGUCUCGAUCGAACGACUGAAAAAGGAAGAGGGGACGUUUAUCGGUAUAGCAGAACAAGAAGAUGAUGAUUGGCAAGUUGAACUAUUGAGUGCAAUGGUUGACGCAUUGACUAAAGAAACUGAUGAAGAAAUCAUGCACCGUUUAUUAGCUGCUGUUGGCAAACUACUAUUUUUAGCUCCAGAGACUUCAUCUGUGGGCAACUUACUAUCUGCAUUAGAUUUGACAAACAUUAUAGAAACAAAAAAGAAAGAAGGCGUCAUCAAAUCGACUUUAUUGCUUAGUUUAUCCUCUGAUAUCUCCAAGAUUGUUAAACAAGAAUCUGUGAAUGAAUAAAAAAAUAAAGGUUUUGAUUGGGUGGCUUGACAAGAUCCCUUUUU